GAUAGCUAAACGUGAUUGUUUAGACCGUGUUAAUAAAAUAGGCCUGACAGUUUUCUGUUUGUGCUCAAUAUUUAUUUAUCUACGGGGUAGAAUAUAGGAGACUAGUUUCGUUCUAGUGCUGGAAUUAAUAUUUUCACUAAAAUAUAUGUAUUAGCUAUGUAUGUGCUUUUUUAAUUCUUAAACAUGAAGAGAUCAGGUGUCGUUGGUAGAAGCUACAAAGAGAAAGAAUCAGCGGACCCCGUCAUUAAAAAGUUGACGAAGACAACAUUCGAUGAACCGACGACAGGGACGUUUAAUUUCACCGACACCUUUAAAUUACGACGAGAAAAGAAGUGGAAUCCAGAAAUUGAAUCAACGGUUAAACCAAAACUAGGCGCUUCGACGAAUCCAGGUUUAGUCGCUACAUCAAAGCUUGAAAUUGGCGCUAAGUCUAAAACAGAAGUCGGAGCCGAGGCUUUCUCAGGCACUUACAUUGAUAUUGACGAAAUCAACGUACCAGAGAGAGCACCUCAUGGUGGGCUGCGAGAUUCUUUGGACAGCGGUGUUACACUAAGAGAUUCAUCUGACCGACUUAAACGCACUAGGAAGAACUUGGAUGCCGCAGAAACUACGAGUGUCUCGAGUAGUUUUAUUGAGCUGCAACAGGUUGAAGCGACAGGACAGCGAACUUCCUUCGUCAGUAUUAAGGACUAUCCGGCAUCUCUCGCAGGAUCUUCCGGUGACACCACCUUUCAACCGGGAGUAACAAUGGCUUCGGCGUUUGAGUUGCGACAAACCGGAAGUGCCACGAGAGGACAUGAGAGACCAGAAAUGAUGUCAACAGCCGCCAUCGGAAGGAGAUCGCCAGUCGCUGUGAUCCCUGACCGGACGCUGCAGCUUACACCAAACUCGGUGGCGUCAACAUCAGCUCGCAUGGUCGGUGGGAGAAAUAUCGAUCCCAACAAUUUUGGCAAUCGACUGGAUCAAACAAUGCGGAAAGAAAUGAUACGAAGUGCAGAAGAGGCCAGUCCUUAUGAAGGUGACGUGGUAUUGCAAUCAACAUGGGCCGAUAACCUGAUAAAAGAAUCUACAAACCCUGAAAAACAGAGAUGUAUGCCGUUAAAAUGUCUCACGUUUUGGGUGGUCUGUAUGAUGCUUGUUGCCGGCAUAACGGCCGUUUCAAUAAUAUUCAAAAGAGACUCUGCAGGCCAGUUGGGCUCAGUUUUUCCUGACCCUGUCGCCUAUGACGAAUGCCCACCGAGUUUUAUCAGCCUCGGAGAGACUCUGAAUUUCACGUGCACGAUUGACACGAACCACGCGUUACGUAAUCAUCUAAAACCGGAAACUGACGAUAUUGUGCUAAUAGACCCAGAGAAUCAUGCAGUAGACAUUAAGUUCUCUCGCAGUUAUAAAGACAACAUUUUUACCCUGUACGUGCAAUCCGGACCUAAAAUUACAUGCAGAGGCCAAGGUAAUUACACUCUGCAUUUGAAGAGAGACAACACGACCGUUUUCGAUGAUAACGUACUCAUCAGCAUUAGAGCGGGCACCGUCCGAACAGUCACAGAGCAGAAGGUCAAUAAGAAUGUCACCUACAUCGACUGCCCGGGCACCGAGAGGACCAGGUUCGUGUUUCGUUGCACCCUCGAGAAGGACUGCGGUAACUACCACGUGGACACAUUCGGCUCAGGAUAUGGCAGGGAAACAAUUUUUAAUCAUAAAAUGUCGUGCGCAAACACCUACAAUGGCAUUGACGGCUCGAAGACAGUGUGUAACACAACCUUCACCGAAGCGGAGGUUACAAAUCAUCCAAUGCUAGGAUGUAGGUUUAGAGACACCAUAACACAAAACACGCAAACUGGGUACCUGCAACUUCCUACGUGCAAGCCUUUUGAAAACUGUACCAACACCAACUCCCUGUGGACCUUCAACUGCACAAAGGGCUCGGAUCAUCUCGAAAAAAUCCACAAUGGCACGUGCGACUACAAGCGUGUCGUUCAGUGCUUUCCGCCCCACAGGCCCAUAUUCAGAUACGAGAAGGUCUCCUUUCACGACGGCUAUAAUGACUGCAACCGUACCGACCUGACAGUGCCCGUCUGUCGACUGGGAUGGUGCAAAGAGUACAGUCGUAUUGUGAAAGAUGAGAGUCCAGGUUCGCUGCUGUGCAGUUCUACAUUUGAUGAGAAUGAGGCCGACAUAAACGCGCUUACGCCUGCGCCGUCAACAACGUCACCAUCACCAGAAACAAGUGCAGAACCGUCAACGAUCACACAGGAAACUACGACAAUGCCGCAAACAACGACGUCAACCAAUAAACCGGAACCUACUACACCCCCUUUAACAGCAACGUCAACAUCUAAUCCGGCAACUACUACACCCCCUUCAACAGCGACGUCAACCACUAAUCCGGAAACUAAUGUACCCCCUUCAACGGCGGCGUCAACCACUAAACCGGAAACUACUGUACCCCCUUCAACAGCGACGUCAACCACUUAGCCGGAAACUACCGCACCCCCUUCAACGGCAACGGCAACCAUUAAACUGAAAACUACUGCACUCCCGUUAUCGACGCCCAAACUUAAAUCAACCAACAGCAACAACGUCAUACCAUUUUGAGCACCAGAAAAGGAGUCAAAUACUUAAUCUGAAAUAUGUUUAAUCCCGAAACAAGUUCUAACCCUUUCUCAUAAAUAACCGUAAUACCAAACAACAACAUAAAACCCUAAAUCAGAAACAAAUUUACCUCCAGUAUAGCAGAAUCAUCCCUUUCACAAUAAACUACUGUUCUGCCAUCAACGAUGUCAAACUCUUAAUCGGAAUCUUGUGUACCCACGCAACGUCUUAAAAGCGUUGAACAUACAUUACUGUAUGUCCAUCAACGACGUUAAAUCCAUAAUCGGAAACUACUGUACCUUAGUAGCGAUUGCAAAUCUUCAAUCAGAUAUUCUGCAAACUCAAAAUAUCACAUUAAACAUCUAUCGGCAUUUGUGCAUGUACCGUCAUGUGUGUAAUAGUCAUUUUCGUUUCAAACUUUAUCGAAGGAAAAACAGCAAUAUGAAUGACGUUACAUGUUUUGUGCUGGUUAUAGUCAUGGUGAAUGGCUGAUAAAAGUAUUGCAAUCAUCGAGAAAAGAUUAUAAAUUGCAGAGAGAAAGGUGUUUAGUCUGUAUACCCUUUGUAUAAUGUUGUACUAGAAAUAUUGUUUUCCGUAUAAAUUGUGUUUGAUCACAGGCUUGUUAACACAACGUAUUUAAAUGCUAAAUACUUCAUCAUUUUAAAUACCAUAAAACACAUUGUGUAUAUUCUACAAUGUGAACACGUUUUCAAUGUACUGGUAAUUCAUAUCCGUCGUUUGUUAGAUAAGAAACCGUGUAAUCGGCUGUCUAAACGAAAUAUAACUUGCUCACUUGCGUAUAAUAUGAAGUAUAUGACGAACCAACUAAAACUGCCCUCAAGUAAAACCAAAUCACACGAAAGCCUAUACAUGCUUAAAAAUCAUAACACUUAUUUGAACAGAAAGGCACACUUUUUUCACUGGUCAAACUAUUUAUCAUUUUGAAGGUUUCUUAAAUUCAAGAUCUGGAACUUCUAGUUCGUCCAACAUUCUUUCAGAGUCGUCGUCACUCACGAGCUGUUUGUUAGCCCUUUGUGUUCUCUCGUCCACCAAAGCUGAUUUCUCAAAGACCUCGUCGUAGAAAAACUCGUCCUCGGUUGGUAAUCGUCGUCUCAAAUUAUAGUUUGGUCGGCCAUCAUCGCCGCCAUCUUGAUCGCCAAUACUGAAGAGUUGUCUCUCUUGGUUCGGUCUGGGAGGGUCCGUGAAGAAUGUUGCAUCGUUACUGGCAAACUGUCCAGUACUUGAGAUCGACAUCGUGUGUUUGCAAAUUCGCACGUAGUUUCUACAGGUUCCGCACGAUAAUUUCCUGGAAUGGAUAACAAAUUUAUUAAUGGUGGCGACCAGCGACCAAUUUUUUGUUUUUAAAAGUAACCACGAAAAAGAAAUUUAUCAUAUUGCUUGUAAUAGAAUCGAAGUCUUUAAGGUAGUGAAAUCAGAUGUGAAAGGAGUCCUAUGUUCUAAUUAAUUUAAAAAAGGUGUAUUUUCGUAAAUUAUAGAAUAAUGCCCUUAGCAAUACAUUUAUUUCUAACAGUAACAUUACGUGUGCAUAUACAUUAUUCGACAUAAUGCUGCGUUACACGCAGUUAAACAUGAUUUGAAAUUUUACAAACCGGUUUAUUUUCCAAAGAAACAAACAUAUCCGGCUUAAUUGUUUGACAUAGCGCAUUGAAAAAAUCAUUAAGAAAAAGGAAAUGUACCCUUUCUUGUAAAGAAACGCCAGAAGUAAUGUGAUGCCUCCUAUGGCACACAAAACCGCGAGUGGAACGCCGAUUGCAGUGCCCGUGGACAUAUGGAGUUUAUCUGCAAUGCGCAAAGCAACUUUUGAUAUUGCUCGACGCUAUUUCAUAAUUAUUAAACACAUACAAUUACUUCUCAGUCCCUUUACGCUGGUCGCUUGUAGAGACAUGGGACAAUCCAUUAGACACUGACGAUGUGUUGAGCAAGUCAGACCGUAAUACUUAUGUAACUGGCCAGUAGAAAUGUUUAAUUCAAGGAAGGCGUUGAUCAAUUAUUCAGUUGUAUUUUCUCUUGAUAUCAUAAACGCAUGAAUCAAUCAUAAAAUGUACAUAGUUUAAAUAAACGAUCAAAUGUAUUGUUUAUAUGCUUUGGUUUGUGUGUAAUAUCCAGUGGCGGACUUUAACAGUCUUACAUUUACCGGAUUUCCUCCUUUUGUUUGUUUAAAAAACACACUUGAUUGUUUCAUUUUUUUUAUUUGUCGGAUGAAAAUGAUUAUAUUAAACACAACAAAUAUUGUUUUCUCAUUUGAUACAUAUUUUCCAACGAUAAUCAAUGAAUUACAUAUAUAUAAUAACUUCGAAUAUGAAAAUACCUUGAUUGCAUAUCUUAUGAAAAGUCAAGAAUCCAAUGUGUCAAUACCGAUUAAGUUCCCAUUAUCUUGAAAUAGACGUUGGCGGAUAUAGUAUGUUAUCCCGAGAAGAAAUUGAGACUGUCAAUCUUCUAGCAACUGUUUAAUUGUAUGUUUACAAACAUAACUGUAGUUAAUAACCAUACAUGUUAUUUGUUAUGACUGUAAGACUUUUUGUUCAUCUUUAAAUCGUUAUAUUGUAUGAUUUCUUGUAUUGGCCAUAUUUCUGUUGUAUGCAUGUACUUGGCCAAAGGCAGAACGCCGGAUGGCUAAUUAACUGUGAAAUGUUGAUAUUCGUUAAUGAAUGUUUUAUUACUGCCGAUAAAUACCCUGCGAAAAAAGA